CAGCUCCUCCAAUACCAUCAGCAGCAGCAGCAGCAUCCGCAUCAUCAUCUGCAGCAUCUGGGCUAUCAGAUGCCGCCGCCCGGCUAUGAGCUUGUGCCGAGCGCGUUGUCGCGCUCCAUGAAAUAUGCCGAGCCCUGGAUCUAUGGCACUGUGCGCGGCAUACCCGCACGCCACGCCCCCGCCGCCGCCUAUGCCUAUGGGGGGGAGCCGGGCAACGCGCUGGCAAUUGUGAUCUGUUCGUGCGCAGAGUAUCUGAACGGGACGAAACGUGACGUGAAGAAGGCGAGCGUGUGCAAGAAGUGCAAAGGUUCCCGCCUGCCCCUGGCCACCAUCAGCGGCGGGGGCACGGUGCGGCUGCCAGCAAUAUCUGCUGCUGCUGCUGGCGUCGGGCGGCGACCGAUGGCGGCAACAAUGCGCGUGGUGAGCGCCACGAAGAGGUCACGUCCCACGAUUUUGGAUGCGCUAAAGGAUCCCUAUGACCUGAUGCGACGCACACGUCUGCUGUCGCCGGAGCCCAGCGUCGAGCCACCGCCCGCCAGCUCCAAGGACGGCAAGUCACGUAGCCGCGACGCAGCUGCGACAGUUGCUGCGAGUGCAACUGCCACGCCCAAGGCCGGAGGCGGAGGCACGGGCGUGCAGCGCGGACGCAGCAGAACGCGUGCGCCGCUGCCGACGUCGGCGCCAGCGCCAGAUCCCGCCGACUGCUGGCUAAUGGAGGACAACGAGGCGCUGCUGCAGUGCAACGGACUGGCCGGCAGCAGCACGACGACGCGUCGCUCCAUCUUGCGCUGCAAUGUCAAUCCCUACGAACUGAUCUCAGUCGAAAGCCAAGCCAAGACCAAAAACUUGCCCAACGAUGACUUUGAUGUGGCCGACGCUCAGCUAAACGAGGAUGAGCAGCAGCUGCAAAGGGAACGGGAACAGCAGCGGGAACGGGAUCAGCGCAAGUUCUACAGCAACAAUGUGGCUGCGAUUGCGGGUCAGCGCAUUAGCCUGGGCGAAAAGCCAAGCGAUUCAGCUGCUGCCGAGCGUCUAGAGAUGACAACAACAGCAACAACAGCUAACAAUCCACGACGUCCGCCGCGCAACAAGAAGUCGGAGGAGUCGCCAAAUCUGGCGCCGACAGCAGCAACAGCUCCCACUCCUCUGCCUGAUAAGCUCGCGUCCGGCUCUGUGCUCGCUGUCACGCCCACAAUCACGCCCGGCAUCAAGUCCAUACUGAAACGUCCGUCCACGCUGGAGCUCACUGUGCCGCCUGCGCCUGUGCCUGCGCCUGUGCCUCAGCUGACGUCUGACAAUGCUGCCACAACGCCUGCAACAACGGCGCCUCUGCUGUUGACGCCCUCGGGCAAGUCACAGUUCUAUAUACCAACGCCCACGGGCACGCCCACGCCGACGCCGACAUCGGCGUCGAGCACGCGCAAAAAAGUGCAAUUUAUGGUCGAGGAUAAAAUCAUAGCCACGACAACGACAACGACAACUGAUGACAGCGAACACUCUGCUGUUGUUGCGGCGGCAGCAACUGCUGCUGCUGCUGCUGCUGCUGCAGAUGAUGAUGAGACAGCAGCAACAACAGCAGCAACAGCAGCAAACUAUGAGUACUACAAUCGCAAGCGCAACGCAGCCGCACAGCAGGCGACAGCAACUCAGCAGCAACAACAACCGACACAGCAGCAACAUCAUGAACAACAACAGCAACAACUGACAUUGUCAGCGCUUGAAUCUGACGUUGAUGAUGAGCAUAACUUUACAGCUUCCGCUGAGCCAACAACAGCAGCAACAACGCUGGCCACGCAUAUUACGCCAGAUAGUUUGCAUUAUGAAGAUGUGCUGCCGCCUGUGCAUCAAAUAUUUGACAAUAGUUGUAGCAACAGCAACAGCAGCAACAGCAGCAGCAGCAGCUCGUCCACCGAUGUGAGCCAAGUAGCUGAAAUUUUGCCAAACUCAACAACUGCUGCUGCUGCUGGCGCCAAAUUAUUAUUGUCGGCGUCGAGUCCGAGGCAUGCUGGGUCAACAGCAGCAACAUCCCCAACAGCAGCAGCAGCAACAUCACCGCAUGUCACUGCAAAUGUUGUCAGCGCUUUAGCAGCGGGCACCACAACAACAACUGCGAGAACGAGAGCCCAAAAGACGACGGCGGCAAAUCGCGAUUAUGACGAUGAUGACGAGCACAACGACAGCAACAAUAACAACGACAAGGAGCAGCACCAGGCUGAAGCUGAGGACAACGAGCAGGAGCAGGAGGAGCUGGAGCUGGAGCUGGAGCUGGUUGGGAGGCCGCGGGCAAGUCAGAAGCGUGCAGCACAAACGACACAAUCGCGAAAUCCCAUCAGACGCGCUCACAGCGAAAGGCAUUUGUCUGCCGCGCCCAGCUCCGACUCGACCAAGUCGACCAGGACAGAGCCUGGCCAGGCUGGGAGCCUGCGAGCUGCGGCGAGCGGGCCGCAGAAUGUCAUUUUAAAUUUUAAGGACACAAUGGCGCUGCGCAUAAAAAGCAACCGCAACGACUCGAGAGAUUUAUUUCAAAGGCGGCCCACAGAGCCGCCGCCGCCGCCGCCAACGACGACGACGAUGACGACGACCGCAAACGGAUUAGAGAAGCAGCAGCCGCAAAUCAAUAAGUCAACUGCUGCUCCGGCUCCACGCCAGCAAAGGACUGUGGUCCGUGUGGCGCCGUUCAACAAGAGCAGCGAGGUGCAUCGCCUGAAAAUCUCGCACAGCGAACAGCAAGAAGUGGAACACAAUGGAACCACGCCCGCCACACGGCUGCUGCUGCCCAAGAAGACAUCGAUACUGAUUAGCGGCGACGAUUGCUACUCGACAAUGAAUCUCAGCACGGAUGCCGCCCAGCCGCUGUACCAGUCCUCCGUGGUGGUCAAUAGCCAGACGGCGAACAGCGUCUGCAUCAGCGUCAGCAGCGCCGCGGAGCUCAUCGAGCAGCACAAUCUGCUCAAUACGCUGCGCAGUCAGCAGCAGCAGCAGCAGCAUCUGGCUGCGAUAAUACCGAUCCGGAGCAGCAUUGGCGGCGAGGUGAAUUUGCAGCGUUCCGCCUCUUGCAUCUCCUCCACCUCGAGCAGCUCGACGUCGAGCAGCAGCAGCUCCAGCGGACGCGGCCGCACGCUCAUCCGGCUCGACUAUGACAAGGAUCUGUCCACCAGGCAGCUGGCGGCAGCUACCACAACCACGCCCAUUAAUACACCAUCACCGCCGCCUACAAUAUGCUCAACGCCAGCCACGCCUCCACCGCCGCCCUCACCCGAUGCGGAGCUGGUGCCGCACGAGACGGAGCUGCUGAAGAUCCUACGUAAUCCCGUCGAGGCUGUCAAGCGUAAUCUGGUGCCGCACGUUUGCGGCUUACGGGUGCCCUCGACGGCGGAGACGACGCGCAGCAAGAAGAUGCAGGAGGCAGCUGCCACGGCCACGUCCACGCCCAUUAAGGAGGCGAGCAGUUUUAUAGCCAAGCUGCUGCAGGAUCCGAUGCUGGGCCAGGUGGCCGAUGGCCUGGAAACGGACACCGUGGCGGAGCUGAUCGAGAACUCGCUGCAGCGUCUGCAACGGACGCGGCAAACGAUCGACAUGAGCGGCACCAAAGAUCACGACGACAUGAACCGGCUGAUCAGCGUCUCGCUGCAGCGGGUGCGCCUGGAGCGACAGCCCGGGUCGAGCGGCACCAAAGAACAGGAGGAGGAUCGUCUGUCCAAUCGCGGCAGCAUCAGCUCCGCCAACAGCUUCGCCUCCGCCCACAACUACGAGCUGUUCGACUUCGAGGCGGCCGCCAACGAAUCCGACUGCUAUCAGAGCUGCUCCAGCGAGCUGGCCGCCGCCGGCGCACUAGAGGAGGAGGAUGAAACCGAGUCGGAGCCGGUGUCCGGGCCGGAGGUAGAUGCGUCUACGCGCGCCAAGUUCUAUCAGCUGCUGGUGGAUGCGACGCUGGCCGAGAUCGAGCAUAGCACGGCGCCCACGGAAACGGAGCAUCAUUACGAGUCCAUACGGCAUCAGACGGAUCCGAUUUACGAGGAGAUCAACGAGGUGCCGCCGCCGUUGCCGCUGACGGCACCGCCCCUAAACGAUGCCGAGCUGGAGAAGAAGGCGGCACGCUCGAUAUUCGAGGGCGCAUCCAAAUACGAUAUACUCUCGUAUCUGGUGGACGCCAAGGAGCGGGGCCUGGUGCGCGAGGAGAGCUUCGACAGCUACAGCAACAAUCCGAAGAUUAUCGAGGAGGAGGCCGCCGAUACGCUCAGCGAGCUGGAGAAGCGGGUCAGCUGCGACGAGAGCCACAGCAAUAUGAGCUCCUUGUCGCCGCCGCCGCACAACUUCAUCUGCGGCAAGAGCGGCGGCGGCGAUGUGGAGCGCCAGGACUCGGGCGUCGGCUCCGAGACAAGCAAAUCGUCGCGCAGCAAGUACCAGUUGCCCGCGGUGAGUCCGCUGCAUCUGUGCGAGGAUUGCGACGGCGCCGUCGAGACGCAGCUGAGCGAGGCGGGCGUCCUCUAUGCGCCGCUCGUGUGCCGCAAGUGCGGCAAGAAGCGCGUCGAACGCAAGGAGAUCAUCACCGAGAUUGUCGAGACGGAGGAGAAAUAUGGUCGCGAUUUGCAAAUCAUACUGGAGGAGUUCUGCCAGCCGAUGCUGGUGGCCGGCCUGCUCACCCAGGAGCAGCUCUCCGCAAUCUUCCUCAAUACGGAAGACUUGCUCGAGAACAAUCAAACGCUGGCCGAGCGUAUGCGCGAUGCCCUCGAUAUUGCCUUGGAGCAGGGCGACGACGAUUUGCUCACCGUGAAUAUUGGACGCAUCUUUCUUGACUUUACCCAAAUGCUGCACGCCUUCGAGAGCUAUUGUGUGCGGCAGGCGGGCGCCAGCCUGCUGUUGGCCAAUCUCGAAAAGGAGAAGGAGCUGCUGCGCAUCUUCCUCAAGGUGUCCCAAAUGGAGAAUGCCGUGCUGCGUCGCAUGAAUCUCAACUCGUUUCUCAUGGUGCCCGUGCAGCGCGUCACCAAGUAUCCGUUGCUGCUGGCGCGCUUGUAUAAGGUGACGCCGGCCCAUCUGGAGGGACGUGAGCUGCUGAAACAGGCGCAGGAGAAAAUUGAAUUGCAUUUGAAUCACAUCAACCAGGAGGCCAAGGAUGUCCCCACCAAACUGUGGCGCCGCAUCAGCUCGUCGAGUCCCAAUCGGCGCGCCUCGUGCGAAAUUGAUAUGAUAAACAUCAAGCUGCGCAAAAUGGCCAUCGACAUACUCGAGUGGAAUCACGAUGAGGUCCGUUUCGCCAUGGAGGGCAAGCUGCUCUACACGCAGCCAGCCGACAGCAACUGGAAGAAGGCGCGCACCAUCAAGCUGAAUCCAGUCAACGCGCUGCUCGUGACCAAUGGCAAGCCAAGUGCCAAUUAUAGGGCAGAGAAGGCCACGUCGGAUAAACUGAAUUUCCCGAAGCACACGGGCAUUCGGGAGGCAUCGCUGCUGCUGGUGAAGGAGAAGUGCGGGAGGUAUACGCUGACACGGGAGCCGUUGUAUCUGGACAGAUGUGUUGUGUGCAGCGAAGCGGAUUGCGAUGAUUAUUUCGAAGUGCAGGAAAUUUCAUCGAAGGACACAUUCAUAUUCAAAGCCGAGGACGGGCUGCGCACCAAGCAAUGGUACACACAGCUGCAGUAUCACGCCCAGGGCAUGGGGGCGUGGCGCAAGAGGCGCAAUGCCCUGGCCAACAUAAUGAUCAAUGGGAUGCUGACGCGCACCUAGACAGCAACAACAACAACUAGAAGAA